UUUUCGAGAACCGUCGAUGAUGAUGAUGCGUCACAUCUUCCUAAGAACUGCUUUCAACGUACGAGCGCGUUACGUGCCAACUGUAAUGGAAGAGUCCAGAAAAUUCCGUGAAAACAUGCAUUAACACCGAUUUUAUCUGCUCUUCCGUAUCUAUCGAUUGAUAAACCUUGUCGGUUUCCGUUACCAAGUACACCGCAAGUUCCCUGCACCACACGAACUCGUUCCAUCGAUUGAAUUAAGAUUUGGUUCGAAUUGAUGCUAUUCUUAUUUGGAAUGCACUUCGUUUUGUUCCAUUAUUUUAAUUCGUGCAUGGAAUCGCUAUUUCUGUAGUCGCGCCGCGCUCCGUGUAUUUCUGCACGUCGCUUUCUGGGGCAGAUCAUUAUUUCGCGAGGGCGCCGAGAGCACAGGCACAGAACGCAGCAUAAAACGAGCAACAGGUCGACCCGCUCGAUACUCCAGAGACUCCCAUCUGCGACGAAACAAAACAUAUGGCCACAACAAUCAUCAAGUGCGAUCAGGACUUUGUUAUCUGUGCAGCUUAGAAGAAGGGAUCAUGGAGAAUCCGACGAGAAGAAAUAUUUGUGGAAAAUGGAUUUCUGCCAGAUACCUUUUGGCCACCCUCGGCUCCUUGGGGAUGGCGAUCGUUUACGGCCUGAAGGUUAAUCUGAGCGUCGCAAUCGUGAGCAUGGUCAAUCACACGGCGCUUCGUCUCUCGAACCCCAUCAACGAGGCCUCAUCUUUGACCAACGACGACAGUUGCUUGGAACCUGCCAGCAAUUCUUCAUCUUCAUUCGAGGACGGACCUUUCACUUGGCCCGGAACUAUGCAGGGUGCGAUGCUGAGCUCCUACUUCUGGGGCUACAUCAUAGCCCAGAUUCCGGGUGGUAGAAUUGCCGAACUCUUCAGCGCCAAAUGGACGAUGUUCUUCGCGGUGGCUGUAAACGUAGCGGGAACGAUCCUCACUCCACCUUCCGCGAGGAUCCACUUCGGUGCGGCCCUGGCCAUGCGAAUCGCCGAAGGCAUCGGUGGAGGUGUGACCUUUCCAGCGAUGCACGUGAUGCUCGCCAGAUGGGCACCUCCGAAGGAGAGGAGCGUGAUGAGCAACCUGGUGUACGCUGGGACGGCUCUCGGGACGGUCGUGAGCAUGCUGUCAACCGGGGUCAUUGCAGCGUCCCUAGGCUGGGAGUCGGUGUUCUACAUAAUGGGCGGCUUCAGUUGCGUGUGGCUCGUCCUCUGGGGAAUCCUCAUCGCCGACUCGCCCGAAGAGCAGACGUUCAUCGAUGACGAUGAGAGAGAGUACAUCAUCAAAUCGCUGGGACCGUCGGAGAGGAAGCAGAAGUUACCGGUCCCUUGGAAAUCGGUGCUCACCUCUCCCGCUUUCGUCGCCAUCUUCAUAGCGCACACAUGCAACAACUGGGGAUGGUACAUGGUUCUCAUCGAGCUGCCCAUCUACAUGAAAUCCGUACUGAAAUUCAAAAUUACCGAGAACGCCGUCCUCACGGCUAUACCGUUCCUCAGCAUGUGGAUUUUCAGCAUGAUCCUUAGCCGCACGCUGGAUGUACUCAGAGGGAAAGGCGUCAUAGAUACGACGAGAGCACGCAAAAUAGCGACGCUCAUCGCCUCCGUCGUGCCGGCAUUUUGUUUCCUGCUACUCAGCUACAUUGGAUGCCAGAAGAUCGUAGCAGUCGUCUUGAUGACGCUUGCAGUCACUGCUGUCGGUGGAAUGUUCUGCGGAUUCCUCUCCAAUCACAUCGACAUCGCUCCAAACUACGCAGGCACUCUGAUGGCACUCACCAAUACCGCCGCCACAAUACCGGGAAUCAUCGUUCCGAUAUUCGUUGGAAAACUAAUACAAACCGACCCAUCUAUCAAUUCGUGGAGGAUCAUUUUCUGGACCACGAUAAUUCUCUACACGAUCGAGAUCAUUGUGUACGGGUUGUUCGGCAGCGGGGAGCAGCAGCCGUGGAACAACACUUACUCCCACGAAGCGGUCGAGGUGCAACCUCUGAAGCAGAGCCCCACCGAGAGCCAGAACUACGAAUCCACCGAGAAGGCAUUCAAGGAUAGCCCAUGAAUUCGCUCGAACAUCUAACCGCUUCCUAGCUAAACGCACAAUCUCUCCGUUAACGCACAAAAUCCCUUAAACCACAAUGAAGACACGCACUUUAUUACUUAAAUAUUCUCUAGCGAUUAUAAAGCGUUUUCGCAACCAAUCAGAACGAGGCUUAAAUGAAAUGGCGCAAUCCGAUUGGUUGAGGACAACAACAGUAUCUGUAAUUUAUAGAAUAAUUAAUGGAUGUAUCCAUUCACAUAUAAUAUUUGUUGAGCGAUUAGGCAAUG